AAAUGAUGACGAAAAAUUAAUAUAAUCCAUUACAGUCAACAAACAUUAAUUUUAAUAAAUAAUAUGAAGGUAUAAUAUCGGUUCUCAUGAAACGUCAAAUAUCCCAUGAAGUUAAAUGCCAUUGUACAACGCCGGUUAAACAAGACACCUGCUAACCUUUUGUACAGUAUCGUGUCCGAGAAAGCUGUCAUUUCAUCGAUAGGUUGAAUGCUUGCAGUUAGAAUGAGUAAUUUACGAAAAUUUAUAGAUAUCGGGGCCAAUUUGACAGAUCCUAUGUAUCAAGGAAUUUAUCAUGGAUCUCAGAAACAUCAGCCAGAUUUAGAUAAAGUUUUAGAACGAAGUUGGAACAACAAUCUUUCGAAAAUUAUAAUUACUGCCAGUAAUAUUGCAGAAAGCAAAAAGGCCCUUGAAAUAGCACGAACAGAUGAACGUUUGUUUUCUACGGUUGGUUGUCAUCCAACACGUUGUAAUGAAUUUGAAGAUAGUGGUGAUCCAGAAGCCUAUCUUAAAUCAUUAUCUGAUUUAGCUGCAGACAAUAAAGACAAAAUUAUUGCUAUUGGUGAAAUGGGACUAGAUUAUGAUAGACUACAAUUUUGUUCUAAAGAUGUUCAAAAAAAGUAUUUUGAAAUGCAGUUAUCAUUGUGUUCCACUUUAAAGUUACCAAUGUUUUUACAUUGUCGCAAUGCUAGUGAAGAUUUUAUAAGAAUUUUAAGAAAACAUAAGGACAUAUUAACAGCUGGUGUUGUACAUUCCUUUGAUGGUAAUCCAGAAGAAGCUAAUUCUAUUUUACAAAUGGGAUUGUAUAUUGGUAUUAAUGGAUGUUCUCUUAAAACAGAGGAAAAUCUGUUUGCGAUAACGACAAUUCCGUCAGAUAGGUUAAUGAUAGAAACUGAUUGUCCAUGGUGCGAAAUAAGGCCAACUCAUGCUGCUGCAAAAGAUGUCAUUACCAACUUCCCAUCAAUUAAAAAAGAAAAAUGGCAACCUGACCGAAUGAUUAAAGGAAGAAAUGAACCAUGCACUAUAGUCCAAAUUUUGGAAGUACUUGCACGAAUCAGAGACGAAGAAGAAGAAUAUUUGUGCAAUCAAAUAUAUAAAAACACAAUGAAAGUUUUUUUUCCUCAUGAACUUUAACAUAUUAAUCACGAAUGAAAUGCUACCUUAUAAUCAGUGUGUGUUUAGCAGUGCACACUCGUACAUGUAAUCAGGGAAGAAAGCUGUGAAACUAUAUAUAAUGUGAAAAAAGGAAAAUAAUUUCUACCAAAAUCAUUUCUCAGAAGGAAUGGAAUGAAAGACUCAUUUUUACAGAGCUUAAUGGAUGCGACGAACGUCAUAUUCCACCGAUCUCUAUCCAUAUAAAAUAUUUUCUUGUUAAAAUUAUCAUUAUCGCUAUAAUCAUCGCCAUUAGUUGAAUUACUAGCGCUAUUACAAUUAUAUUUAUAAUAAUAAUUAUUACCACACCUA